UCGGAUGCUGCCAUCACCCUGAGACGCGAGCGCUCUCCGCGUCAAACGGGCUUAUAACAUGUAGACCCCAGUUUACACUUAUUCAUAUGCGUUUGUAGCUUCUCGACAGACAGCUCCAGAUAACACUAAUGAUGUAAACACAGCGACCCUGCCAUCUCACAAGCUGAUGUAGUAGUUUUAAUGUAAUAAUUUAUACGACAUGUUACAUUGUCAUCUGCAUCACUCAGUUUUCUUCCGCGUAAGAUGAAGUCCUAACAGUCGUCCUCUCCCGCGUGGGUUGCCAGGGUUUUUUCUUUAUUAUAUUUUUAACCUGCGAGCAUCGUCAACUCUUGGAAUAACGAUUACAGAUGGAAUGAUCUAUGUUUUUUCUGUGACGGAUGUGUUUUGAGGAGGUUUCAGUUUACUUCCAUCUCUCUCUCUCUUUUUUUUAAACUCCGGCGUAAAAUGUCCUUGGAGCAUGGCCUGCCCGCGGAGCAUCGUGGCAGCGGGCCAGGAUCAGCAGGAGUAGAGCAGCACAUCGGUCCCUGUGCAGACCCCUGCCUAAGCGACGUCUCUCUUCUCCCCGGACAGCAUGCACCAUGGGAGACAUGGCAAAUAGCUCCGUGCGCUUUCACCCUAACAAUCCCAGGAAGGAUGGAGGAGGGUGUGAGGCUGAUUUUGGGGUGUCUCUGGAGGAGCUGCGAGCCCUGAUGGAACUCCGUGGAGCAGAGGCACUGCAAAAGAUCCAGGACAUCUACAAGGACACUGAGGGACUGUGCCACAGACUGAAAACCUCACCCACAGACGGUCUACCGGACGUUCCUGGCGACCUUGAGACGCGGCAGCAGGUGUUUGGAUGCAACUUCAUACCUCCCAAGAAGCCCAAGACGUUCUUGCAGCUGGUGUGGGAGGCUCUGCAAGACGUGACCCUCAUCAUCCUGGAGAUCGCUGCCGUCAUCUCCCUUGGGCUGUCCUUCUACCAGCCUCCCGAUGGCAAUAGCGAAGCAUGUGCAAAUGUCUCUGGUGGGGUGGAGGACGAGGGUGAAGCUGAGGCAGGCUGGAUAGAGGGUGCUGCUAUCCUGCUGUCUGUGCUGUGUGUCGUGCUGGUCACGGCCUUUAAUGACUGGAGCAAAGAGAAGCAGUUUCGUGGCCUGCAGAGUCGUAUUGAGCAGGAACAGCGCUUUGCUGUGGUCCGCAACGGCACCGUCCUCCAGAUCCCUGUGGCGGACAUGGUAGUGGGCGACGUGGCCCAAGUCAAAUAUGGUGAUCUCCUCCCUGCUGAUGGAGUCCUGAUUCAGGGUAACGACCUGAAGCUUGAUGAGAGCUCCCUCACCGGAGAGUCUGACCAUGUACACAAAGCAGCUGAUAAAGACCCAAUGCUGCUGUCAGGCACCCAUGUCAUGGAGGGUUCGGGGAAAAUGGUGGUGACUGCUGUUGGCAUCAACUCUCAGACUGGCAUCAUCUUCACCCUGCUGGGUGCCGGCGAUAUGGAGGAGGACAAGACCAGCCGGAAGGCUGAGAUCACUAGUAGCUCACCCAUGCAGUUUCCCAACGCGUCUACCAAAGAGUGCAACGUUGUUAAUGGAAAACAAGAUGGCACUUUGGAAAACAAUCCAAACAAAGCAAAGAAGCAGGAUGAAGGUGUUGCCAUGGAGAUGCAGCCUUUGAAGAGCGCUGAGGGGGGCGAUGUGGAGGAGAGAGAGAAGAAGAAAGCCAGUGUGCCCAAGAAAGAGAAGUCAGUCCUCCAGGGCAAGCUCACCAAGCUGGCUGUGCAGAUCGGGAAAGCAGGUCUGGUGAUGUCAGCCAUCACUGUGGUUAUCCUCAUGCUCUACUUUGUAAUCGAGACGUUUGUGAUUGAGGGACGCCUGUGGCUCACGGACUGUACCCCAAUAUACGUGCAGUACUUCGUCAAGUUCUUCAUCAUCGGGGUGACGGUUCUGGUUGUGGCAGUGCCCGAGGGCCUCCCUCUGGCUGUCACUAUCUCCCUGGCCUACUCUGUAAAGAAAAUGAUGAAGGACAACAACCUAGUGCGUCACCUUGACGCCUGUGAGACGAUGGGGAACGCCACGGCCAUCUGCUCGGACAAGACUGGAACGCUGACCACCAACCGCAUGACAGCUGUGCAGAUGUAUGUGGGAGAGCAGCACUUCCAGGAGAUCCCAGCACCACAGCACAUCAACCUCCAUACGCUGGACAUGCUCACCAACGCUAUCUCCCUCAACUCCGCCUACACCUCCAAGAUCAUGGCUGCAGAUAAAGAGGGAGGUUUACCCAAGCAGGUGGGCAAUAAGACCGAGUGUGCUCUGCUGGGCCUGGUUCUGGAUCUGAAGAGGGAUUAUCAGUGUGUAAGAGAGCAGAUCCCUGAAGAAAAGCUCUAUAAGGUGUAUACUUUCAAUUCUGUCCGCAAGUCCAUGAGCACCGUCAUACAGCUACCAGACGGCAGCUUCCGCAUCUAUAGCAAAGGAGCUUCUGAGAUCCUGCUUAAAAAGUGUUGGUCCAUCAUGUCCCGGGAGGGAGUGGCAUGUCCAUUCAGGCCCAGGGACCGAGACGAGAUGGUGAAGAAGGUGAUUGAGCCGAUGGCGUGUGAUGGUCUCCGUACCAUCUGUGUGGCUUACCGAGAUCUUCCUGCCGACCCGGUCCCACCCUGGGAGAAUGAGGCUGAUAUCAUCACCAACCUCACCUGUAUAACAGUCGUUGGCAUCGAAGACCCGGUCCGGCCUGAGGUACCAGAAGCCAUCAGGAAGUGUCAGAGGGCGGGAAUCACUGUACGGAUGGUAACGGGUGACAACAUCAACACGGCGCGUGCCAUUGCUGCCAAGUGUGGCAUCAUCAAUGCUGGAGAUGACUUCCUGUGCAUGGAGGGGAAGGACUUCAACAGACGAAUCAGGAAUGAGAAAGGAGAGGUUGAGCAGGAGCGCAUCGAUAAAAUCUGGCCCAAACUGAGAGUGUUGGCACGCUCUUCUCCCACAGACAAACACACCCUCGUUAAAGGUAUCAUAGAUAGCACCACUGGAGAACAGAGGCAGGUGGUAGCAGUGACGGGUGAUGGCACUAAUGAUGGUCCUGCACUAAAGAAGGCUGACGUGGGCUUCGCCAUGGGCAUUGCUGGGACAGAUGUAGCGAAGGAAGCUUCCGACAUCAUUCUAACAGACGAUAACUUCAGUAGCAUUGUGAAGGCUGUGAUGUGGGGCCGUAACGUGUAUGACAGCAUCUCCAAGUUCCUGCAGUUUCAGCUCACUGUCAAUGUGGUGGCUGUAAUAGUGGCCUUCACUGGAGCGUGUAUCACCCAGGACUCUCCUCUGAAGGCAGUGCAGAUGUUAUGGGUGAAUCUGAUCAUGGACACAUUUGCAUCUCUGGCUCUGGCCACAGAGCCGCCCACGGAGGCCCUGUUGCUAAGGAAACCCUACGGCCGUAACAACCCCCUCAUCUCCAGAACAAUGAUGAAGAACAUUCUUGGACAUGGAGUCUACCAACUCGUCAUCAUCUUCACUCUGCUCUUCAUCGGUGAGAAGAUGUUUGAUAUAGACAGUGGGCGUAAUGCUCCUCUCCACGCCCCGCCCUCGGAACACUACACCAUCAUCUUCAACACCUUCGUGCUUAUGCAACUCUUCAACGAGAUCAACGCACGGAAGAUCCAUGGCGAGAGGAAUGUUUUCAGUGACAUCUUUGCUAACCCUAUCUUCUGCUCUAUUGUGCUUGGGACCUUUUCCAUACAGAUUGUUAUUGUGCAGUUUGGAGGGAAGCCCUUUAGCUGUGCUCCACUGAACAUGGAGCAGUGGCUCUGGUGCUUGUUUGUUGGAGUGGGGGAGCUGCUCUGGGGUCAGUUGAUCUCGUCAGUGCCAACCAGUCAGCUGAAGUGCCUGAAGGAGGCAGGGCAUGGGCCAGCAGCUGAUGAGGUCAUGGAUGAAGAUUUGGCUGAGGAUGAGGAGGAGAUUGACCAUGCAGAGAGGGAACUGAGGCGAGGCCAGAUCCUGUGGUUCAGAGGACUAAACCGCAUUCAGACACAGAUGGAGGUAGUGAGCACCUUCAAGAGAAGUGGUUCGUUUCAGGGGGCAGUGAGACGGCGCUCCUCCGUGCUCAGCCAGCUCCAUGACAUCCGAGUGGUGAAGGCCUUCCGUAGUUCCCUGUAUGACAGCGUGGAAAAAACAAGUUCCCGGAGCUCCAUCCAUGACUUCCAGGCUCACCCUGAGUUCAUCAUCACUGACUCUGGUCACAGCAUUCCUCUCAUUGACGAGACAGAUGUGGACGACGAAUCAGAGUACUACAACCAUAACCACGCCCACACAACUCUUCGUCAUGCUCCUCUUCCUCCCUCCCCCCUGCCACCCCGUUCCCGCUACCCAAACCAUCUCCUCCGACAGCAGAGCCUCCCUGUUACGCUCAACUGUAACAACAACGCAGCCAAGAACUGUGUGCACCUGAGCUCACACACACACACCUGCACUGCCUUGCACUCCUCCCCUUGUCGUCCUAGACUCCUGCACAGCUUUGAGACCUGCCUAUAGACAUCAGAGGUCAUAACCUCUCACCUCUCUCACUGGAGUGGGAAGGAAACAAGCCAGUGACUGGUCUCAGUUAGGAGAGAAAACAACAUUGUUACUUAAGUAUUAAAUCUUAAGCAUGUUCACCGGCAAAAGAAACUUUUGAGUUUGUGUUUGUGAACUUUACCUCCAUAACCAAUGCUUCAAAAGGGACUCACAUCUUCAGAGACAUUCCUUUACUCUGUGAUACGAGCACGCUCUCCCCACAGUCUGCCGGGUUUGCUUUGAUGUUGCACUUGAGACGAGCCUAGACCAGUGACUCUUGACUCCGAUGACUCAUUUUAAAAACAGGACUUCAUAAACAUGUAAAAAUAGUAACUGAUCAUAAUAAUUGUAAUUCAGAAUUAAUUUUACCUUUUAAUUAAUUAUAUUACUGUUCCAAUUCUAUUGUGCUAACAUCUGCUAAAAUUAUUGCAGUUACUAUGACAUUUACUCUAGUUAUGAUGCUUUAUUAAUUAGCUUUAUAUAUUCAUGAUUUUUGUGGGUAUGAUGUGUGACUGUGUGUCUACUGGUAUGUUUGUGUGUGAAUUAUUUGUUUGCCAGUUGUUUGUUUGCUGGUGUUGCUGUUUUUGUUUAUGUGUCCUCGUGGUCUUACAUUCCCUCUCUGCGUCUUUGUGCUUUGAGUGUGUUGUGUAUGUCCUUCUGUAUUGUUAAAACAAUUUUAAAAACGUAUAUUAGUAAUAUAUAUAAAAACAGAGCUUCUGCCCAUGAGGAUCAGUCAGUAUUGGUUAUCAGUGGCAGUAAAGAAUAAUAUAGGAAAAGGUGGAAAUUGGUGUUGAACUGGAUCACAUUUCACUGUGGGGUCCUCAGUUCCAUGAUGAAGGAUGAGAACAGAAAACACAACACAGUCUGGACAAGCCUGACCCUCCAGCGCUUUUCCACAUGAGUGAUCCUGACACUGACUGUAAAUGUUUGCAGGGUAGUUUUAGAGAAAUUCUUUUAUCAUUCUUUGCUUUCCAUGAAACACAUUGUAUAACCAUAAUAUCUGUGUUCAUUGUGAUGUUUAACUGGAAAAGCAUGAUUCAGAGUGAAAUAUAUUUUACAGGAUAAUCAUGGUGGCCAUUUAUUUUCUACUCAAAAGCAAAAUUCAGUAUAUAAAUUCAAUAUAUACACUAAUUGAUCACUUUAUUAAGUAGACUAACCUGUAUCUACAAGCUACCAGUCCUUUUCCACCAGUUCUAUGGAGACAGAAGUUAGUUGAUAGAAGUUUGUUUUGUUUUCUGUACAGUUGGACCAUGUCCCCACUGGCUUCUGUCCUGAAUGUCCUGUGGUCCCAGCAAUGCUACAUUUCUUUUGAGCUAACUAUAACAUGUCAGAUACAGUUUUAGAGUAAAUGUACCUAGUAAAGUGAUGACUUUCCAUUGUCUGCAUGGCCACUAACAGAGCAGAGAUUUAGUACACUCACAUAGUUACAGCAACCCAGCACAAACAUCAUUGUAGAUAAACACAUUUCCAACUUGUGUGUAUAUAUUUAAAAACUGAUUAUGUUAGAUUUGGUUAGAAGCUGGUUUGCUUUGAUCUUAAGUACACAGGCAUUGUUUCUAUAGGAUCUGGUCUCUGCUGUUAACUGGUUUAUUUCACAGGUAGAUCACUGUGCUAGACAUACUAAGGUCAUGCGUUCAAUUCUCAGAGAGCACAUGCCCUGUCAUACUGAUAAAUAUGUAUCUCUGGAUAAGAGUGUCUGCUAAAAGCUGAAAAUAUAACGGAGAUGAAAAAUUAUAGUGGAAAUAAA